AUGUCUAAAAGGAACAAACCAAAAUCGGUGAAAUCUUAUCUUCGGAUGAUAAUACGAAACAUAUCGACCGUGAGCGGCACAGUGCACUUGACGGAGAAGAAGGGGAAGCAGCUGGUGAUGUGGUCUUUCAUCAUGGUGAUCAACGUGUGUUUGACAGCUGCUUUUAUACUUUUCGUACGUCUGAAGUAUCAGGACGAGCAAAUUGUUACCGAGGUAAAUGCUAAUUGUAAAGUCAACCAAGUACCCUUCCCUUGUGUGUCGAUUUGCAAUUUCAAUGUGGUCUCUGACAGGGAGUCGAGGAAUGUGCGAAAUCUGCUCAAACAACACGACAUACACGAAGACGAAAUCGUGGAAUUCUUCAAAUCGCUGUUCCUCUUGAGAAUGUUAGGAGGAAGUAACUCUAAUGUGCCUCAUUUUAAAAAUAUUACAGACAUUUUGAGAAAGCAUUACUAUGACAUGGAUACAUUAAUGGAAGAGGUGCAUCAGAAAUGUGAAGAUCUCCUUCUCUACUGCAGUUUCAACAGAAGAAGACAGAACUGUGAGGAUGUGUUCAACAUGAUCAAGACGUAUCAGGGACAUUGUUGCAGUUUUAACUACGUGGGUGUUGAUGAGGAGAACAAACAAACUAUGCUUACUUACGACGAAAAUAACGAAUAUUAUGAGCCUGGAGACGAUGAAGCGCAAAUGACAAAAAUGAUAGCAACAUCGGAAUCUGGAAGGAUCUCAGGAUUGUACGUGUUGUUUAACGUGGAGCCGGACGACUACCCCAGCUGGGAUUUGGGAAGAUUUUAUGGAGGACGGGUACUUAUUAACGACCCCAAUGAUUUCCCAGAAACGACAGUCUUAUACGAAUUCUUUUCGUCCGGUGAUGCCUUGGACUUGAAGGUGGUUCCUCUGGUCUACCAAGCAGACGCCAACCUCCAAAGCGUGGACUCAUCUGUGAGGAACUGCUGGUACCCUCAGGAAGUUUCAUUAGAACACACUGACAGAUAUAGUUUUGAAACUUGCAACACUGAAUGCAAAAUGCAGACAUAUUUUUUACACUGCGGCUGUAUACCAUAUAAGUAUCCAAAAGUAAAAGGUAUGCGUAUCUGUGAUUUUUCGGAUUUGGAAUGUUUACAUAAUGUCACAGUUCGCGUGUCCAAUAAAGACAGGGCAUGUAAACCGGAAUGUAAAGUGGAAUGUAACGACAAACGAUACGGCAUCACUUCUAGCCUUUCGCCUUUCUUAGCCUCAGACGAAAAUGAGUUGCCCCCCGGAACCAACUUGUCCCAAGUUUCAUCACUACGUGUUUACUAUGAAAAAUCAUCAUGCAACUGUUACAAAAUGAAAUUCUUAAUCGAUUUCAACUUCAUCAUCGCUACUUUUGGAGGCGUUUUCGGGUUGGGCUUUGGCGGAUCUAUAUUAACUAUUGUUGAGAUAACAAUAUUACUUAUUUCAACUUUGUACAUCGUUUCUAGUGAUCUCAUUACGUUGUAUUUGAUAGAAUCGAAAAUUUCAUCAAAAAUAAAGCCAUAUUAUAUGAAAUAA